AUGGGAGUCGAAACUCGACGUGCCGCUGCUGGAGGACGACAUAAGAAGACCACUCCACCAGUUCUAAGUCACGAAUUUGUCAUCCAGAAUCAUGGCGACAUCAUGAGUUGCGUAUUGAUGGUGCUCAUCGUCGGGUUGAUGUUCCCUCUGACUGCGUCAAUGUGCUCAAUUUUCGUUGCACCGCAGUAUAAUGAGACAAUGAACGUGACUUCAGAACAAGGUUUUAUUAGCCUAACCUUAUACCGGAACGGUCCUGCUGAUGCCUUUCUUAUACUGUUCUAUACUGUGGCCUGGAUUGUGGUGCAUGCUGUUAUUCAGGAGUAUAUCCUUGAUAAAAUGCAACGAAAGGCACGUUUAUCUAAGGUGAAGACGUUCAAAUUUACUGAAUCUGGCCACAUGGCACUUUUCGCCUUGUAUUCUGCAUGCCAUGCUGCAUAUGUGAUAAUGGACUUCGUGCAUAAUUAUACAGACAUAAAAAGAAUAUGGUUAGGAUAUCCUGAGGAACACCGGUGGAUGAAUCUCAACAUGAAGAUGUUUGCUAUUCUUCAGAUUUCAUACUGGAUUCACCAAUUUCCUGAAUUUUAUUUCCAAAAAAUGAAAACCGAUGAGAUGCGACAGCGAACGAUCCUAUCAAUGUUACAUAUCUGUUUCAUCAGUGCAGCAUACAUUAUGAAUUUCAUGCGUUUUGCCGUAGUGCUACUAGCUCUGGAGUAUCUCUCCCAAACUAUUUUCCACUUCUCGCGUCUGCUUCACUUCCUUGAGAAGAAAGAAAUAGCGAGAAAUGGAUUCAAUGUAUGGAACCUCGUAUUUCUAAUUGUGCGCCUUGCUUCAUCGGUGUUGACAGUGAUGACUUUCUGGUAUGGUCUUCGUCAAUCUGAAUCACCAUAUAUAGAUGUAGCAACUGGGAACUACAAUACGACGUACGUUCGUUUAAAUUGUUUGCUUGUUGUUCUUUCGCUGCAGUUAUUUCAACUGUGGAACUUUACGAGUUUUCAUGUAGGGCGAUUCAAGUAA